AUGUGUACACAGGAUCCAACUUCCUGGGUAAAUAUUCACCACCUGGAGUAUACGGAUGGAGGAAUCCUGGACCCAGAUGAUGUGCUGGCAGAUGUUGUGGAAGACAAAGAUAAGCUGAUUGCUGUUUAUGAUGAGCAAGAAACUCACCGUAAGACUGAUGGCACCAAUGGCAAUUUGACAGACAGAAAUAGCCCAGACUCUUUUGAGACGGAGGUAGCGGCUCAGCUGGCAGCCUUUCAGCCAAUUGGUGGUGAGAUUGAAGUGACUCCUUCUGCCCUAAAACUGGGCACACCACUUCUAGUACGAAGGAGCAGUGAUCCAGCUUUGGGCCCACCUGCUGACUUCCACCCAAGCGCUUCUCAUCCCAGUGACCACAGUCUCAAGCAUGUUGUGGCAGGUGCUUCCCAGGUAUCCUUUCAGGAUGGGGAGAUGAACCUCACUGGACCCACAGAACUUUUGUUGGCUCAGAGGUCCCGGCUCCCUGUAAGUGAGAUGACAAAAACAGUGGAGAUUUCUGGGGAAGGUGGGCCCUUGGGAAUACAUGUAGUGCCCUUUUUUUCAUCUUUGAGUGGAAGGAUGCUGGGACUCUUCAUCCGUGGUAUUGAAGAAAAUAGCAGAUCUAGGCGUGAUGGGCUUUUCCAUGAAAAUGAAUGCAUUGUGAAGAUUAACCACGUAGACCUUACAGAUAAAACCUUUGCACAGGCUCAGGACAUCUUCCGUCAGGCAAUGAAAUUUCAAAGUGUCAUCUUGGAAGUCCUUCCUCCAUAUAAUCGAGAACAAUAUGAGAAGUCUGCUAUUGCUCCCCUUUGUUUUCUGGAUAACGAAGAAGGAGUUCCAAAAACAAAGAUUCCACCUCCUGUUCAUCCAAAACCUGCUCUGAAAACAAUUAAUCUUUCUGGAGCAAGCAGCUUGGAGGCAGGUGUACAGGCAACACGACAACAAGCUAAAAGCCCCAACCUCCCAUGUCUGGGUAGAAAGUCAUCUUCUCCCUCACUGUCUCCCCUUAUGGGCUUUGGCAAUAAAAAAAAUGCAAAGAAAAUAAAGAUAGACCUGAAAAAAGGUCCAGAAGGACUUGGUUUCACUGUGGUUACCAGAGACUCUUCAGUACAUGGUCCUGGUCCGAUUUUUGUGAAGAAUAUUUUACCAAAAGGUGCAGCAGUGAAAGAUGGUCGUUUGCAGUCAGGAGACAGAAUCCUGGAGGUGAAUGGACGGGACAUCACUGGCAGGACCCAGGAAGAGCUUGUAGCUAUGCUGAGGAGCACAAAGCAAGGGGAAACUGUCUUUCUGAUUGUGGCUCGUCAGGAGGAGGCCUUUCUACCUCGAGAGCUGAAAGGAGAGCCAAACUGCAGUAUUCUUUCUCCAGAAACCACAGAGCAACUGACCUUUGAGAUUCCUCUGAAUGAUUCUGGCUCUGCUGGGCUUGGUGUGAGCUUAAAAGGCAACAAAUCUCGGGAGACUGGAGCUGAUCUUGGGAUUUUCAUCAAAUCCGUUAUUCACGGCGGUGCUGCUUUUAAGGAUGGUCGUUUGCGAGUAAAUGAUCAGCUUGUUGCAGUAAAUGGGGAGUCACUUCUGGGCAAGUCAAAUCAUGAGGCUAUGGAAACACUGAGGCGCUCCAUGUCCAUGGAGGGGAACAUUCGUGGGCGGAUCCAGCUGGUAGUUCUCCGGAGGCUAGAGGUGCAGACAGAGGAACGCUCAGACCAGGGAGUCUUUCAAAAAUCAACCUUUGACGGGAGUCAUAACUUCGCAGCUGCUUCCCGGCGCAAUGAUACUAUUCUUCAGCAACUUGUAACAUGCAGUCCUCAGGAAAGAAUGAAAGAGUUGCCAGUGUCUGAUCGUGGCAAUGGUGAAAAUGAAACCCCUCCACCUCUCCCACCGCAUCCCAGUGAGGAUCUGCUGAAUGAGGAUUAUAACCAUAGCCCUAUCAUAAAUUCAGCAGUGCAUUUAACAGAUCAGCACAUCAACUUCAGAUCUUUGACACCAGCCAAGCAGUCUGAAUCAAUUAAUCUGAAAGCCUCAAAAAGCAUGGAUCUGGUGGCAGAUGAAAGCAAAGUUGGUUUGUUGGCCGGACACAAAUCGGACUCCUCUGGCAAAGAUUUCGGUCCUACUCUGGGAUUGAAGAAGUCCAGUUCUCUUGAGAGUCUUCAGACUGCUGUGGCUGAAGUUAGAAAGAACGAACUCCCUUUUCACAGACCCAGGCCUCACGUUGUCCGUGGUCGGGGGUGUAAUGAGAGUUUCCGAGCUGCCAUUGACAAGUCUUACGAUGGACCUGAAGAUGGAGAAGAGGAUGGUUUCUCUGAUAAGAGCUCUCAUUCUGGUCAAGAAGCUCAGAACAUGGAAUCUGCCCCUCCAGGGAACCCUGAAAUAGAAGAUGCAGAAACCAAAGCAAAAAAAGACAAAAAAAAUAGAGAGAAAGAGAAGAAAAAGGAAAAGGGCAAAUCUAAAAUCAAAGAGAAGAAAAGGAAGGAAGAAAAUGAAGAUCCAGAAAAGAAAAAGAAGAAAGGCUUCGGUGUCAUGUUGAGAUUUGGAAAGAAAAAAGAAGAUAAAAGUGGGAAAACAGAUCAGAAAGGGAACCCAAAGCAAGGCAUACUUAAAGAGGAGGAGCUGGAGAAAAUGAAAGAUGAACGUGAAAGGAUUGGUGCAAAGCAUCAGGAGUUACGGCAAAAGCAACUGAAAGGCCUGAGUGAUUAUUCUACUAGUCCUGGAGGACCUGACAUUGAUGAUGAUGAGAUGGAUCCAAAUUAUGCCAGAGUAAACCACUUCCGAGAAGCUUAUCCAGCAGCAAGCAUCUACAGGCCAUCAUCACCAGCAGUAGCAGAAACCUUUGUAUAUCCACGUGAUUCUCCUUCAGCACCAAUGGAGAGGGAGUACUUGGAAGGACUGUAUGCAAAAAUAAACAAGCAGCACUACCCACAGACUCCUGGUGACAGUGGCUGCACAAGCGGUGGGAAUGCUGAUCGUAUCCAGAAGUUACGGAAGGAGUACCAUCAGGCCAGGCGAGAAGGCUUACCUUUCUAUGAGGAUGACGAAGGAAGAGCACAGCCAUCUGAUUACGACCAGCGUUGGGUGCCUGGAAAAGGUCCAGAUGGGAGCUCAUACAAUCUCCACUUCGAGGGGAUGGAAAGGCAGUAUGCAUCCUUACCCAGGCGUGGACCUGCAGAACCACUGGAAUAUUUAACAGGGCCACGAGUAAUAUACAAAGAGAGAGAUCUUCCCUACUACCAAGGAGGACAGCCUGUUGUCCACCCAUCUAAGGGGAACUACAUCCGUGCGCCAGACACAAGAGUGGCAGAAUUGAGGUACCCCCAGUACUACCCAGCCCAGCCCGUCACAAGCCAGCAUAAAGGACCCCUCCGGCAGGACGUGCCACCUUCCCCUCCUCAGUCCCACCGAGCACCAGCUUAUAAUGAAAUUGUCCGACACCGUGGGACCAGUCCAGACCAGUACCAGUACAGGCAACAGGAUCCCAGGCAGAAGAACCCCAUGACUGCAGCUGUAUAGCCACGCACUGGACUUGCCAGCACAGCCCGGGAGGAAUCCCAUCGGACAUCAUCCUUGUAGAGUUGUUCCUAAGCAUAACUGCCUGUAAGAAUGUCACAUGAGACCUGGAGUCGUUCUUACUGAGCUGGCCUCAGCAUAGGUGCUUUCUAACAGGCGAACUAAAGCCACGUGAGGUACGAUGUGUUUUGAGUAUGUGAGGUACCAGACAGUUGAGUAUUUUUUAAUUCCUUUUAAAAAUAGAAAGUGGCUGCUGGAAAUGAAGCGCAACACUUAAUACACCUCAGGGCUAUUUACUGAACCCAGUUACACCUAUACAGUAUGUAGCUGUCUGUUUAAGGGCAGUGGUGUCACCAGCAUUCACUUCAGAGUGCUGUUGUAGAGCCUUUAAGUGAGAACGCAGCAUGCAGUAUGGACUUCGUACAGAGCUGGGGAUCUGGUGAUCUGGUGUAAUCCAGUAUGUGAUCAUGAGUUGACAAGGAACUGCCGCGGUGGUAGCGGCCGCAUUCCAGGCACGUUCAGACCAGCAGCUCUGUGCUUUAAGGGUGCUGCAGUUCCAGAUUUGUAAUCUGGCCUCUGUCUUCCUCUUUCUGUUUGGUGGUGGCAGCAUUUAUCUUGUAGCCUUCAUUUUUUGCAGUUUGUGUAGCAAGAUUCUCCUCUUGUUGCACCUGCUGCAUUUGGAGUAAGGCGAAAAGCUUUAUCUGCCGUGCUUGGGCAGUCUCGCAGAGGACAAGGCAGCCAGCCACCUGAGAAGUGUGUGUCUGUAGGUGUUCGUGUGUGUGCUUGUGAGCAUUUCUUAGUUAUACAUCGUGCACUCUUUAAAUGUAAACCCUGGAGGUCAGAUCCUCAGCUGCUUUCAGUAAGUGUCGCUCUUGGGGUUUCAGUGGAGCUGGCCUAUAAGAAGUGGCUGAGGAGGUGAACGCGGGCAUGGACUCCAUAACUCAUAUUAAGUUACUGUAUCAGGUGCUGCCUUGGCUCCGGCAGGGCAGCCCCUUCGGGCCGGGGUUACAGCAGAGUGCCUGCCAGCAGCGUGCCCUGCCCUUGCGAGCCUGCCGCCGCAUGAAGGCACCUGUCGGUGCGGGGCCCACCCUCAGUCCGCCAAGUGAAGCUCAGCCUCGGGCAGCGCCAGGCCGGUGCCAAGUGCCAAACUACUCAAGUUCCUGCAGCCAGGGGCCAUCAGGCUAGCGGGGAAAGGGGCUUUUCACAGCACGGGGUGAGGGAAAAGACAAGGAAAGCAACAAGGGAGGGCUUCAAGACCCUGGGGCCCAGGUGGAAGAGGAGAGAAUAGUUGUUGGUAGCAAGUUAUUUGCAGCAGUGCAUAGAAAGAGGGAAGAUGUGGGUGGGGGGAGGGGGCCAGCAGCGCAGCAGAGCCGUGGGGAGACAGGGCAGUGGGGUACCUGCCCGGCUCUUUGCCCCGCGCAGCCUGAGCUUGCUCUGCAGCCAGCCAUCCUGGGAGGAGGUUAGAAAUGCAUGUCCCCAGCCACAGGGACUUGUGCUACCUGGCCCAACAGGGCUGUGGGUGCUCAAAGAUUUGUCUCACGGAUUUUGUUGCAGGGAAACCAUACAGUCUUGCCACCUAAAAAUACAUUUUGUGAAGUUUCCAAGUGUCCUUAAUUCCUCGACUUCUGCCUUUUGGGAGUGUUAUUAAACCGUUCGGGCUCCUCUCCUCAUCAGGGAGAGACUGUGACCUGGCCAAGGAUUAAGCACAAGGAUUUCUUUGAUGUCUUUUUGACACCUUUGGUAUGCAACAGAUUAAAUCACAUAGGUCACUUCCCAGGUAUUAAAUAUCACUGGGAAGGUUUGUCCUGCUAGGAGCGUGUCCCUUUACUAGAUAUCCCUGGGAAAAGGGCUUGUUAAGAGUAAGAGGUCCGUAAGGCGCAGGGCAGGGUGGGUCUAUGUGCUGCUGCUUUCCAGGGGCCACCGCUGGUAGGUAAUGGCCCUGAUGAGAAGCAGUGUUUAAUCCCAGCCGACUUUUCUUCUGUGCUGCUAAUGUUGGUGACAGACUAGCAUAACCCUGAGGCAUGGGGAGCACUUGCGGCUGCGCAGCUGGCCAGCAGCCUCUAGCAUGUGCAUUCACAACAAUCUCUACCCACCAGCUGGGCUGGGAAGCAGGGGAGAGGAGACAGUUUUGGGGUGGUGGGGGAACAUCUCCGUGAAUCAGAUACAGGGCGGGACUCCCUGGGGCAGGGGCAGGCACAGCUCUAAAUCCAGUCAGGAGGAAGCAUUGGUGGGAGGGAGAGAGGGAGAGGAAUGCAACCGAUUAUGAAGCAAGUGUGUUUGGUUCUUGUUCCAUUUCUUUCUGCCCUCUUCCCUAGUAAUGUAGGAGGGAAAAACCUCUGGAGGGAGGGUUGGAUGUAAAGCUGGAUGUCUCUUGGUACCCUCCAUAAAUAAGGCGCAUUCCCCAAGGAAACUCUGCCUGUCAUGUACGUGCUGUACACAGCCUUGUACUUCUCUCAGAGAGUUUUAGAUGCUGUAGGAUACUCAGCCAGGACUUGGCAGCCACAGGGUAGCCGCUGGUAUUAUGAAGGCCCGCUGAAAGUGAAUCGAAAACAAAUUAAAAUACUUUCCUUUCCCUCCUUGAAAUAUAACCCCUGAUACAUUUGAUCCAGCUGUAAAGAAACUAACGUGUUUGUGACAGUGGCUUUAUCAAGCCAGGCCACAAUUAAGAACAGCUCUGAAUAUAAGCUACUGCCUUUAUAAAUCACUCUCAACUAACCCUUCAAAUGGCAUCACAGCACAGUGAACAAAACUUAUUUACAGUAUUUCAGGAGCCAGGGCCAAAUAAAACCUGGAUGGAAACAGCUCCUGGGUUAUUUAUAGCCUUUGAAGGACCUGCGCAAUUGUCUCCCCAUAACCUGAAUCUCUCCUUAAGAGCUCCCCUUGACUGCAUUGGCUCCACUCGGUUGAGGCGGACAGAUCAAACGAACACCUGAGCUGUUAAUCUUACCCAACAGGUUAUUAAAUGAUGCUUCUGCUGUUAGAUCAGUACAAAGCUUCUUCAAAAAAAAAAAAAAAAAGUGCUACAAGUAUAAUAUAUGGAUGCAUCCUACAGGUGAGGAGCUAAGGAGGAAGAACAGUCUGACCUAGCUGGGGGAACAAGACCAAAAAGUAUUACAGAGCAUCUCAUCAAUCUCUGGUGCCAUUGUUCUGGGAGAAAAUUGCCAUUUGCUGGUUUAAUAUCUGGUAGAGGUACAGUAUUUUCAAAAGUAUAAUGUGUAACUACAGUAUAUAUAGUCAGCUUCUCUGCAGUGUAAAAUGUAUGAUUUUAGCACCAUAUUGUGGAAAAAUAUGUACCGUGCAGAAUUCACGAGGUGCUACAAUUGACGGUUGAAAAUACACACUUGCAAAAUCCAAAAGAGCCGUUAAGUAACAAGUUGUUCUUUUCCCCAUAUGCCCAUAUGUUUGGGAAAAUUAUGAGUCUGAAAUGCUCUUAACACGUAAUUGCCUCGCACUCCCUCAUCCAAAAUGUGCCAGUCCAGCAGUAAAGUUACUGACGUAGCGGGUGCGAAGGGAGAGUUUGGGUUUGCCACAGGAGCAGCGUGCCAUAAGUGUGCGUGUGAACAGGAGUCAAGACAAGGGGGAGAGAGGCCCGCUCUCACGUGAAGCUGGAAGCUUUGAUUUCCUGAGCUGGUGGUGUGCAGCCUGCGUUUCUGGCUCUGGCGCAGGGCCAGCCGGGCCCAGCAGUUGAAAGAUUAAGAGAUAGAAAAAGAGCCUGUGGAUUUUCUGAGUGACCACCCACUAGUGAGCCAUGAUCUUGGCCUGCAAGCAGACAGUACCACUGUGAUAUAUUAUGAUGCAGAAGUCUCCAGGCACCCCUCGAAUGCAUAAAGAAAUAUCAAUUGCCCUUUGUGGAAAAAAAAAAAAGGGGGAACUAAGCAUUAAAAAAAAAAAAGGCUCCUGCCUUGAAAAAGUGCAUGCAGCCCUGAAUCCCAAUUCACUCCAGCUUCCUGAUCUAGAAAUAGCUUCACAUGCUGCCUAAUUUUUUUACAGAUGAAUUGUGCUACCUCCUCCUCCCAGCCAUCACAGAUUUGUUUAUCAGAGAGUUGGUGCUGUGAGUGAAUCCCACCGACUGCUCUGCCAGGGCCGCAUCCUGACACUCUGCUCUGAGCAGGGACUGCUGUGCAUUUCCGAAAGGACUUACACCUGUGCUCUCCAUCACAGUUGUUCUGCAGAGCCUCUAAGCCUUACGUGCAAAAUCAGAAGCGCUAUUCACUAUCUCUGCAUAGAAGAGAAGGCUUUAUAACACACUAUUCUGUUAUUGUGGGGGAAAGAGAGGUGUUUGUGAUCAUGACAAUACCUGUGUGUUUAAGUGAAGCUGAUUUAAAAAUCAUGCGUGAUUGUUUUGGGGGAGAAAUUUAACACACAAUUUGAGAGGUUUUUUCUAGUACCACAUCAAAGAUUUUGAUCUUUUGUUACAUAUGGCUAUAUAAAUUUUACCUGUUUUAUUUUGCAUUAAAAUAAAGGUUUUAAGACUA